AUGGCGCUGGCGCCCGUGUCUCUUCUGCCCUGCCGUGGGCUCGCGAAGAAGGCAAAGCAGGCCGAGCCGACGCCCAAGCCGAAGCUCACAGCAGACGCACCUCUGAAGGCCAAGAAGACCUACCGGCCGACGAUGCUGCUGCCAAAGACGGCCUUCGAGAUCCAGGCCAAGGCGCACGAGCGCGACCACCUCUGGGCCCAGCGCACCACCGUCGACCUCUACCGCUGGCAGGCGCAGCACAACCCCGGGCCGCGCUUCGUGCUCGCCGACGGCCCGCCGUACGCCAAUGGCCCGCUCCACAUGGGCCACGCGCUCAACAAGAUUCUCAAGGACAUCAUCAACCGCUUCCAGGUGCUGCAGGGGCGCAAGGUGCACUACGAGCCCGGCUGGGACUGCCACGGCCUGCCGAUCGAGAUCAAGGCCAAGGGCCACCUCGCCACGCUCAAGAUCGAAGCAACGCCGUCGCAAGUCCGCGACAAGGCGCGCGAGGUGGCUGUGAGCGCCAUGGAACAGCAGCAGGACGAGUUCAGCGCGUUCGGCAUCAUGGCCGACUGGAGCCGCGAGACGACGUACCGCACGCUCGACCCGGCGUACGAGGUGCGGCAGCUCAAUGUCUUUGGCGAGAUGGUCCGCCGUGGUCUCGUCUACCGCGCAUACCGGCCCGUCUACUGGUCGCCCAGCUCCCGCACCGCGCUGGCCGAGGCGGAGCUGGAGUACGAUCUCAACCACGUCAGCCGCAGUGUCUUUGUGCGCUUCAACUUCGUGCCCGGGGAGGCGUUCAGAGAAGCCUGCGCCGACAAUGUGAUCGUCAAGCGCGCUUUGUCGCGCGACGAGCAGAUCAGCCUCGUCAUCUGGACGACGACGCCAUGGACGCUGCCAUCAAACAUGGCCGUGGCGGUGAACCGGGACAUUACGUAUCGCCUCGUGCGCGUCACCGAGGGACCAACCGCUGGAGAGCUCCUCAUCGUGGCCGCAGAACGGGCGCACGAUCUCAGCCAGCGCAAAGUGGGCCUCUCGGAAUUCGCCUCUGCUGAUCGCGCAAAGCUCGGCGAGUUCGAGACGCUCGCGGAGUUCUCGGGCGCUGCGCUCUCGGGCUCGUCGUACCGGCAUCUCUUCUUGCGGCGCGGAGCCGAGUCUCGGCCGAUCCUCGCUGCGGACUACGUCACGGACACCAGCGGCACUGGCUUGGUCCACUGUGCCCCUGCACACGGUCAGGAGGACUACGCGCUCUACCGCAACACGCCUGCCCUUGCCAAGGAGCCGCUUCUCUCGCCCGUCGAUGCCGCCGGCCGCUACACGGAGGACGUGCUGCAGUGCGGAUCCGUCGCUGAGAACCUGCCGGGCAACGCGGUGACAGGCACGGGCGGUAGCAUCGUGCGCGACCUGCUCGCUGAGAGCGGUGCGCUGCUCAGCGAAUGGCCCAUCACGCAUAGCUUCCCCUGCGACUGGCGUACGAAGCAGCCCGUCAUCACAAGAGCGACGUCGCAGUGGUUCGCAGACCUGACACCCAUCAAGGACGCUGCCAUUGCUGCGCUCGAGAAGGUCGAGUUCACGCCGCCGCAGGGCCGCAACCGCUUAGCCUCGCUCGUGGCUGGACGUUCCGAGUGGUGCAUCUCGCGGCAGCGGCCGUGGGGUGUACCCAUUCCUGUGCUCUACGACGCACACUCUCGCGAGCCGCUGUUGACGCCGGAGAACGUCGAUCACAUCACCGCCGUGCUGGGCGACAAGGGCAGCGACUACUGGUGGCAGGGUGAUGCUGAGGAGUUUGUGGCGCCAGCUUACCGCGAUGACGGACGGCGAUGGAUCAAGGGCACCGACACUGUCGACGUGUGGUUCGACAGCGGCACCAGCUGGACGAAGCUGCGCGAAGAGAUCGGCGCCGAGCGUGAUGCUGCCGGUGCGCCGCUGGCAGACAUCUACCUCGAAGGCACGGAUCAGGCGCGCGGCUGGUUCCAGUCCUCGCUCCUCACGCACAUCGCGACUGCGCCAGAGGGCACCGUGCCGCAAGCCCCCUACGGCAAAGUCAUCACGCAUGGCUUCGUCGUCGACAAGCGCGGCAAGAAGAUGAGCAAGAGCAUCGGCAAUGUCUUAUCGCCGCUCUACUUCGUCAAGGGCGGCGCGACCAAGUCGGAUCCGGCAUACGGCGCAGACGUCCUGCGUCUGUGGGCCGCGCGCGGCGACUACAGCGCAUCGAUGCCCGUCGGCAACCUCAUCGUCAAGCACACGAGCGACGCGAUGCGCAAGCUGCGCAACACGGCUCGCUUCAUGCUUGCUACGCUUCCGCGGCCGGAUCAGGUCGCGCCGCUCGAUGACCUGGCCACUGAUGAGCUGACCCAUCUUGACCGCUACGUCCUGCACAAGCUGCGCGAGCUCGAGCUGUCGGUGAAGCACGACUACGAGGUGUUUGACUUUGCCGCCGUGGUCCGGCAACUGGGCGAGUUCGCCAACGGCACGCUCAGCACCAUCUACUUUACCGCCAUCAAGGACGUGCUGUACUCGGACGCGCUGAGCAGCCCGAGGCGACGCGCGUGCAUCGCCGUGCUCGACCAGACGCUGCGGACCUUCACGUCCAUGCUUGCGCCAAUCACGCCUCACCUUGCCGAGGAAAUCCACCACUACCGCUCGGGCACAGAAUCCGAUCCGCAGCCGAACGAGCCUGCCGACUCCGUCUUCCAGCAGCGCUGGCAGGGCGUCAAUGAGCGCUGGACCGACAAGCAAAACGCGAGCGAAGUGCGCGACCUGCUGAAGCUGCGCGACUCGCUCUUGGCGCUCAUUGAGCGGGUUCGCGAGGAGAAGAAAGUGCGCGUGGCCGAUGAGAGCGAGGUCGACAUUGAUGUCGUCGACGGCCGCUACCCCGAGCUGGUGCGCCUGAUCAAGGAGUAUCCGGCAUACGACCUCACCGCCGUGCUCGGUGUGUCGCGCGUCAACGUCUUCAGUUCGCCCUCCGGUCCUCGGGCGGGGGAGAACCCCGAUCCGCUCAAGGAAGCAGCAGACCUGCACGACGGCAUCAUGCUAGUGGUGCGCGCCACACCGCUCAAGCAGUGCCCGCGCUGCCGCGUGCACAUCAUCGAGCCGGAGCUGGAGGUGGAGGAGUGCGGACGCUGCGAGGAGGCACUGGUGGAGCACAAGGAGAUGCAGAGGCUGAAGGAGGAGGAGAGGGAUACGAAGAUCAAGGAGAAGGAAGAGCAAUGA